AUGAAUUUUUCAUCUGUCAAUGGAACCUCAACUGUAACUGGGAAUCAGCGAGACACGUUCAUCACAGCUGUGACCAAGAAUGUGAUCGUCACAGCCCUCUGCAUCUCCAUUAACUACAUCAAUGGUACUCUGGUCCGCACAUUCAGAGAGCACCAGAUCUUUUAUUCAAACCCUCGUUACAUUCUGUUCAUCCACCUGGUGAUAAAUGACAUGAUGCAGCUGAUCCUGUCAACCCUCCUUCACAUCAUCAGCUACGCCCUGUACAAAAUGAAUGCGUCCCUCUGCCUCAUCCUGCUGAUCAUUACCAUUACCACCACCCUCAACACACCAUUCAAUCUGGCUGGCAUGGCAAUCGAGUGUUACAUCGCCAUCUGUAUCCCCCUCCAUCAUGGACAGAUCUGUACUGUCAAGAAAACCUACAUCCUGAUUGGUUUGAUCUGGGCUGCGAGUUCACUCUCUAUCCUCCCAGAUCUGUUCAUCCUUCUGGCUACAGAGCCACUGCAGUUUUUUCACUCUAGAUUGUUUUGUGCCAGAGAUUUCGUGUUCCGAAGCACUUACAGUCUGAGGAAAAGAGAUGCUUCACACUAUGUUUGUUUUUCCCUGGUCUGGUUCACGCUCUUCUACACUUACUUCAGGAUUGUGUUUGCUGCCAAGGGAGCGGCUGUCAACAUUACAAAAGCCAGAAACACUAUUCUCCUCCACAGUUUCCAGAUGCUGUUAUGUAUGCUCACUUACGUGGGACCCAUGUUUGAAAAAGGUCUGCUCUACGUAUUGCCAAAUCAAAGCCCGGCUGUACGCUUUACAAGCUAUGUCAUUGUCCAGAUCCUGCCACGGUUUGUUAGUCCGAUUGUGUAUGGACUGCGAGACAACACCUUCAGGAGACAUGUAGGAAGGUACCUACUUUGUAAGUGGAGCAUGAGCAACCACCCAGAAAGUGUCCCCAUGUCACAAAUGAGGUCUACUAUGAAACUGCACUGAGUUCCUCAGUUUCCAGUCACAUUCUGGCAAACACAUGUGAAUUAUGAAACAGCUGCUCUUUGUUGUUUAUUUUGAGGCAAUAAUAUUUCAAGAACAAAUAAAUUCCAAUAAAUACCUGAUUGCUAGAUAUUAAUAUGUUGAUAUAUAUUUUCUUUUCUUUUUUUUAAGGGUUCUUCAAAAAAAUGGUCACUCAAAAAAUGGCAAGAUGUGACAUAUAUUUUGUAUAAAAUAUCUGAUGCUUUAAAACCAUCAUGGCAUAAUCUACUGCUACAAAAAAUACAAAUACACACACACACACACACAAACAUAUAUGCAUAUACAUAUAUACACAUCUAUCCAUCCAUAUACACACAGUUUUACAUAAUGUAUACACACACACAUAAAUAUCCACACAUACUGAUUUUGUAAAAAAAAAAAAAAAAAACAAAACACAUCAAUACAUAUUGAUUCUGAAUAUUUGAAAGGGAUUCAAUCCUUAUUUUCUGAUCACCUGUGCCUGAUGUGAACAGAAAAAAGUGAGUAUUUCUAAACACAGAGUGACAUUUAAUUUUAAUGGUAAUUCUGCUGUUCUCUGCUUCUAGCCAAGAGAAGAAAAGUUGGACCUUGUUGUUAUGUUUUACUCCCUAAUAUCAUCAUCAGCAUAUUUACAGGUAUAUAAAGUAUUUCAUCAAAAGUGGAAACAAAAUUACAAUGGCUGACUUCACAUAAUUAAAUCAAUCUGCUGCUCUUGCAUCAAACCUGAACUACCAAAGGAAGCUCAAGGGGUCAAAACACAAACUCAAAAUUCCUGAUCAGUUUUAAAUACAACCACCACCAUGAAGACGUAGUGUGCCAGGAGAGGGCAGCACAUAUACAUCUUUAAGUUUUCUAUAAUAUUUAUUCUUAUAGCACUAGGUUGAUUAGCAAGAAAAGCUAAAUGUAGCAAUUUACUUAAAAAGGUAUUUUAUUUACUGGAUUUCUAUGCAGUAUAACCAGAUGUUACUGAAUGAAAACCUUGAAAGACUGACCUACAUGUGAUGUGCAUUGUUUCUGUAAAUUAUGACUCAUGAUAUCUUAUCUUUAGAAGUCAAUGAUUUAACUGGUUAGGUUUUUAAUUAUGACAGAGACAUUUAAAUACCGAUAAAAACAGUACCCAUCCCCAGUCCAUUAUUAGAUUUCUUGUGAUUCAGACUUUACUGCAUAAAACAUUGAGUCUUUUCAGAAGUUUUUUAAGUGAUCCAGUGAAUCAGAGUAACAGGCAUCAGGGUUCUGGUGUUUCACAUGACAUACGACGAUGAUUUUAAAAAACAAAAUCAUAAAUCAAUCAUCAAAAGGGCAUUCUUGCUCGCCUCACUGGUGCUUCUAGUUAUAAAAUGUAAAAACAAUGCUUUAAUCUCAUCAAAUAUGAUGUCAGUCAUCAUAAUCAUCUUUGUUUUUCUCUUCUCUGAUAAACACUGAGGAAGAAGAUGAAAAUCAAUUAAGACCUGUUUGAAAGUGUUUAUAAAGGCUCAUCUGUCAACCUGCAUGCCUCCUCUGUGUCUGACCUGGACUCAGGUAGGUGGAAUAGGAUGGAGGUGGUGGUGAGGUAGCUUAUGACUUAAGUCUUUAACAUUCAGCUCUGUCAGGCAAUAUUACAGUUUGAGUUUGUUUGCCUAUUUGUAGUUAUUUCAUCUAAAUAUCUCCAUUUUAAAAGAAAGCCUAAAUUACCUCAAUUUAAAUCUAAUCUUGCAUUUUUAUAUUAGAUAAAUAUGUGUUUGUGUUUACAAAAACAUUACAACAUAAUGAUCAUUUGUGAUUCAUUUUACAUGUGUUCUAUCACUCUGAGUUUGGCUGCUGGAGAUAAAUAAUGCCAUCAUGUACAAAUGUAGAAGCUUUAUACACCAGUCUCUGUUAAAACAAAUAAUCUAAACUAAUAUAUGUUUUAGGAUGAUAUAUGGGUUGAUAAGGUAGAGGGGGAGAAAAUAAAUCAGGCCUAAGGUGAAAGGAGAGUAAUGGCAAAUUGCUUUGUGUUAUGAAAUUUAAUUUGAAGUUGACUUUAUUCACACAUGAUGAACUUCGGUGUCAGAUUCACAAACUGUCUUAAGCUUCAGGUCGUUUGUUUGUAAUUACAUUAAAUCAACAGCAUUUUAGCUGAAAUAUUUUUAUUAUUAUCAUUACUAUUGUUUGAUUUUCUAAAAAACAAAAAGGUCCAAAAUAAAAACUGAGUAAUUUCAAAUGCGUUGUCAAAAUACUGUGCAUGAAUCAUAAAAAUGCUGCAUUCAAUUUAACAACAUUUUGAGAAAGUGUAAAUAGACUUUGCUGAAUUUAAAGUGUAUAAAUAGGUUGCGGCUUUGUUGCAUUUCUUUACAUUUGUCAGCUGGUAUUUUCUGGCUUGUUAGUGUUCUCUCUCAGGUCUCAGUGAAGUAUGAGCUCAUCAGUGGGUCCCGGAGUCAACAUGACAUUUCCUUU